AUGUGUCACCUGGAAUCGAAUUACGAUCCGGUGUAUCCAGUUAACCCGAAAAGAGUAACGAACACUAAUGGCUGCGACAUUCCUGUCGCGCGUCUCAACCAUCCUUAUCCAUUCGCCCCAGAUUGUAUCUUCUUCCCCAAAAAUUUGCCUUUGUGCUCUCAAAAUGCGAAACAUGCAUUGCCUCGAUAUUUAUUGCAUAAUCUAAAGAAUACUCGGGCAAAAACUCAAGCUUUGUGCAGUUGCACAUUGUGUGAAUUGGUACGAGAUCCAGGGCCAUAUAACUUCACCAAAAAACCCGCCAAGAACAAAAAGAAGAGAAGCAACAAGUGCAGAAAAUGUGGGGAAACUUAUUCGGUAGGGAAAAAACAUUUUUGUAGCCCAGACAAACACUUCCCGAGUUUCCAAGAACAUUUAAGUAACUUGCUUCCCCCGAAACAGAGAGAACAUUUGGCAUGUUCUUUGAUAAAGGACAUAUCUUUAAAUACUAAUACUCCCAUGGGAGCUGGGCUUAGCUCGGGGAACAAAACCGUUACAUUAUCCCAGAUCCACGGAAGGGCACUCAACAUUAAAAUCACCCCGAAACGAAAUAAUCAAACUAUAGGCCCGCAACAGAUUUCCGCGGGAGAUGUUUGUAAAAUAGCCACAAAUUACGGUCUCUCCAGCAACGUAGUUCAGGGAAUAGCGAGGGACUUACGGGGUGGCUCCCAAAAAAGAAACCUGUUUGAACCCCAUCUGAAGACGAAACUAUCUACAUACCGCCACAGGCUAGAUGCAUUUUUUAAUUUCAAAAGUUGCCCCAUAAUGACGUCCAAAGCUGGCGAGAAAACGACCUCUACAGAAAUAUUGGCAUAUUGUACAGAUGUUGCGGCCUUAAUCGCUUAUGUAAAAGGAACUCGAAACAAUGAUAAUUCUUAUUUGAAGUUUGGAAUUAAUGGUGGAGGAGGGUUUCUCAAGAUUUGCCUUUCAGUGCAAGAACCUGAUUCUGCUGUAAUAGAUAAUCGACAAAAAUAUAUAGCGGGCGUAGCGGCAAAAAGAUUCAAGGAUUCCGGAGUGAAAAAAUUAUUUAUUCUCGCAAUAAUUGCAGCCACACAAGAAAACCACGAAAAUGUCAGAAUGUUAUGGUCUCUCUUACAAAUCAAUGAUUUUGCGGGCACAAUUGCAACCGAUUUGAAACUCGCUAAUAUAUUGGUGGGAAUCAUGUCUCAUGCCAGUAGCUUUCCAUGUACCUGGUGUUUGGCCUCGAAAGAAAGUUUGGACACUUGUGGCGAGAAGAGAACUAUAGAAAACUGCCAAGAAAAUUAUUUAGAAUGGGAAAAGAUCAACUUCAAAAAGUCCCUUGCAAAAAAUUACAAAAAUUGCUCAAAUUUGCCUGUUCUUUCAAGAGGCACAGAUGACUCCAGACAGAUUCUUGAUAUCAUUGCACCCCCUGAAUUGCAUUGCAAUUGCAGUUUGAGUUUGAAUCUUUAG